UCAUAGCAUGGGCAGGUAAGCAAACUUACAAAGCAUACUACUUUCUCUCUCUUCUCUUUCUCUCUCUAGAGUUCUAGCUUAUAGUGUUGUCUCUAAUCUAUAAAAGUUUGAUUUUUAUGUCACCAUUGGUGUUUAUGGUCACUCCCCAAUUGGUGAAAUUGGUCUUUAUCACCCAAUUUAUAUAGCAUUUCAUAACCCCUUUCACUUUCAACUUUCCUCACUCAUUGCAGGAUUUCAGUAUUAGUAUUAUAUACUUUUUUGCUCUUUGUUUCUUCUUGGAUUCCAAUUCCAUUAUUUAUUAGCAAUAAUAGCAAAUCAACAAGAUUUUUCUUUUUCACUCUCAAAAUCCAUUCACAUCAACUGUUUGUUAAAUUGCCUCACUGAAACCUUCUUCUUCUUCUUCUAUGUAAUGAUAUAAGAAUAACCAAAGUUGGUGGUGAUGUUUUGAUUGGAUUGAAUUGAAUUGAAGAUUGUUUUGUGUUGCUGUGUGGAGAAAGUAGAAAAGGGAAUCUGCUUUAUUUUCUAGUUUUGAUGAGCUGUUGUUGGCUAAUCUAAUCUAUGUCUAUGUCAUCUACUUUAUGCUCUUAACAUGACUGAAAGGUUUCACUUUUCUUGUCUCUCAGAAGAACCAUUUUUAUUAUUUUCACUUCAUUAUACUACUUGAUUGGAUCCUAGGGUUUUUGAAGGAAUAGGUGGUAUCUGUAUCUGACUAGUUAGAUUAUAUUCCAUUUUAUGAGAACAAGGUUUUUUUUUUUUUUUCCUUUUACUUUAACUUCUUCUCAGUCCUAUAAAGCUGCAAAAUUAUUUGUUCCUUGUUUAGUCCUGCAAGAUAUCUCUUGAGCCAACCUUAGUCAAAAUUUGCUUUCCCUUUAAUCAUUUAUAUGCAUUUCUUGAGCCAACUGCUGAGUCAGGGUUGUUCUAAUCAAUUGAUAUAUAAACAUUGAAAGAGAGAGACACAUAGAAAGGUGUUGUUUUCUUGGUUGAAUUGAGAUUGAGAUGGGUGGUGAAGAAAAAGCUAUGGAGUUUCAACAUGGAAAUGAGAACAUUAUGACUUCAGAAAUGGAUAUGAGUUCUGUGUCAAUGGCUAAUAAGCCUUCUUCAGAGGUUGUUAAUCAUCAUCAUUCUUUUCUUGGUUCUUCAGCUUGGGAUAAUCCACUUGUUUCAUUGAGUCAAGCUCAUACUUUUGGGGGUUCUUCAAUGGUUUCUCACAUUGAGUUUGCUAAUACAAAUUCAACUUAUAACCCUCUUGUUUUGGAGACUCAUCAAGGAAUGAGUAGCACCUCUCACCUUGUUCAAUACUCGAAUCUCGGUGGCAUGAUCCACAAGGUUCCUUCCUAUGGAAGUGGAAGUUUCUCAGAAAUGGUUGGUUCCUUUGGCCAACAUGGUGGUGAUCAUGUAACUAACACGUCAGGAUAUCCAAUUCCACCACAACAUUAUAACCACAUCAAGGAUGCUGGAAUCCAAAGGGGUCAAAUUCAUGGCGAACAAUCUCAAGUUGAGGACUCAAUUCAAGAGGAUGGAGGUCUAGGAUCUGCACCUAGCAGUGGAAAUAGAAGAAAGAGAGGAUUUGAUCAAAAUUCUGAUUUCAGUCCAAACAAGAAUGCUGAGGGUGAUGGGGUGAAAGAUUCUCCUAGGAAGAUCUCUGAUAGUUCAAAAGAACACGACAAGAAACCAAAAGUCGAGCAAUCUGGGAAGCAAGCUAAAGACACCUCCCCAAGUGGAGAAGCUUCAAAAGAUAAUUUCAUUCAUGUUAGAGCUAGAAGAGGUCAAGCCACCAACAGUCAUAGUCUUGCAGAAAGGGUUAGAAGAGAAAAGAUAAGUGAACGUAUGAGGUUGCUUCAAGAACUUGUUCCAGGUUGCAACAAGAUAACUGGCAAAGCGGUAAUGCUAGAUGAGAUAAUAAACUAUGUGCAAUCACUGCAACAACAAGUUGAGUUUUUGUCCAUGAAACUUGCUACCGUGAACCCCGAACUGAACUUUGAUGUAGAGCGGCUCUUAUCCAAGGAUAUUCUCCAGUCACGCUUAGGACUCGGAAUCGGUGGAUUUGUUCCUGGUAUAAGCUCCUCUCAUCCAUUCCCAAAUCCAAGUUUCCAGGGAAACAUGGCUGGCCUGCCUAGUUCAUCAACACAAUUCACUCCUUUGCCUCAGAAUGUUUUGGACCAUGACUUCCAAAGCUUUUAUGGAAUGGGAUAUGAUUCCAAUACAGCACUUGACAAUUUGGGACCCAAUGGGAGGUUGAAACCAGAGUUAUAGUGUGUUGAAUAUAUAGCCUUGUUUCUGCAUCAGAAGACUUUGGAAUUUUCCUGUUGACUGCACAAUUUAACUGAAGUUGAAAAAAAAUAGAAGGCAAAAAAAAAGGAAAAUAAAGGUUUUAGUUGUAUAGGAUCUUAAUUAAUACCUAACUAUUGACUCUUCGAAUUUUUAGUAGAAGAUGACUUUGUUAGACAAUAUCAAUUGGAAAAUGAGUUACACAUAUUGUGAGAAUGUGUGUAAAAUCUUGAUCAUUCAGAACAAGUUGCAAGGGCAUUAUUAUUUAUUGAUAUGGAGGGCAUGGCAUUGCUUGAGGAGAGUGUUAGUAAAGUGUAUGCAACUAUCAUUAUUUCUGUGAAAUUCUGUAUAGACUUGCAGGGCUUGGAUUUUUUUAAGAUCAUUGUGUUCAAAAUUUGUGUUUUGGGUUAGGUGAUGUGUGCAUUUUUAAGGGUUUCUGGUUGUUCUUGUAUUGUUCUUUUGAAAAGAAAAUGUAAUGAAUGAUGAGAUUCUUUAAGUUCAUAUUAGGAAUGAACAUGUUGUAACUUGUAUGAGUAUGAGAGAGGUUGAGUAGACAA